AAUCUACUACUUGUAAUUAUUUUAUUUAAAUAUUUAUUUCAUUAGAUACUAUGUAUUUUCUGUUAUCUAACAGUUACCGGAAUAUCGGUCAAAUCGUUGCUGACUCAUGUUUCAUUUCAUGUUUCAAUGUUUUUCUUGUUCCACGUGCUUUGUCUCGUGUUAGCCAUACAUUAGCACUUACUCAUCAAUGUCUAGUCCAAAUAUCACGCUCAAAAACAUGUAAACAAAUCCGUUCUCGUCUGAAAAACUCGUCUAAUAAAAAAGAACCUAAACGUAUUCAGAUUUUUUCUCUCUUGCUUUUCUGCAUAAUUUUCAAUGUAUUCGAUUGAUAAUUAUCUCUUUAAACAGUUAUUUCAUCAAACAAUUUAUAAAUAUUUAUUAUCUUGAAUCUUAAUUUUGAAAGAUUAAUGUUAACAAGCAAAAUACUUUUUACAUUUUAGAUUAUAUUUUUUGAGAAAACUUCCUUAUUUUUAUGUUUUAAAUUAUUAAUUGACUAAAUGUUUAUUUACCGUCGCAAGCUAAUUCAAAUGUUAACUUUACACAUGUACAUAUUUAAAAAAUUAUUAAGUGAUUUCCAGAGAAUGAGCUUUUGCUUCUUCCGAAUUUUUCUCCGUAUUACCGACAUAUUUAUACAGAGAAAGUUCGGGCGUAUGCUUUGCAAAACUUGAAAACUUGAAGAAGUUUGCGUCGUUCCGCUAAAACCGGGUGUACAUUUCUCAGUAGGCCGCAUAAGUUUUUACGGUCCUUCCUUCUGUCUUGCAGUAAAGCACUUUUACCGGAGUACGCCCCGCUUUACGACUGUCCGUGUCAUUGUUUGUAAGCGUUGAUAUCGCGCUUUGUUUUACAACAUUUAUCCAAGGAACAUCGAAAAUGUAUGGCCUUGAGUCUAUGCCGAUAAAUCUCGACACGUUUUAGAGUUUCGUCUUCAUAUCUUGUCCUCCGUCAUUAUCAAGAGUUUCAGUUCAGGUUUGACAAAAUGAUCCCACACAAAGGAUUACUGCGAUUUCUGGAAAACGCGAGGUAAAUAGCGACUAGGAUAACGCCAGUGUGUAUGACGCGUCCCAAUCGCGUUACUCGCCGCCUCGUCAUGCACGUUGGUAAGAUAAGAUUACGCGGCAGUACACGACGGUUUCGUGGCUCGCGAAGACGACGCGACGAUGCGUAUCGGACGCGAAACCUCCAGAUACCAAUAAUGAUCCGUCAAACGGCAGCGAAGUCGUGAGUCUAAUUCCCUGCUGGACAUUUUGAGCGGUUUUUUUAUCAUGACACGCGAGCUAGUCAGAACACCAUUCGUCGUCCUCGUCCUCGACGUGGUCGUAAUUGGCGUUUCGGUGCAUUCCGCCGGAUGGUGCCCGUCAUUGUGCGUGUGUGAUACUUGGUACGGAUUGCAACACGCCUCCUGUAGCGGCCGCCAUCUUUACAGCAUUCACACAGGUGCACCGAGCACGGUGCAGGCCUUGGAUCUGUCGAAUAACUCGAUAUCCCUUUUAAAUAAUUACGAGCUGAUGGAAGCAGGAUUGUCGCAGCUUAAAUAUCUCAAUCUUUCUGCGAAUACAAUUAGCGAAAUUGGGCUAAAUGCUUUUACUGGAUUAUCUGAAUUAAUGGUCCUGGAUUUAUCCCACAAUCAUCUAUAUUACCUCCUGCCGGAUAUUUUUAUAUCAACAACGAAUUUGCGCAUUCUCAGACUGUCGAAGAAUAAUUUUGACUCUCACAUACCAAAGUUGGAGUGUCCUUGGCUCACGGAGUUAAGUCUGGAUUCGUGUGAAAUUAGUCAUGUGCCGACAGAUACGUUCAAUGGCCUUUCGUACCUUCAAAAGCUUGAUCUCUCCAAUAACUUGAUGAUUCAAUUGGAUACUAUUGCAUUGGAUGCGUUACAAUUCUUAAGAAAAUUAUCAAUAGAGGGAAAUCCAUGGUCCUGCGACAAGCUGACGUACGACUUGCAGAUGUAUCUGGCCCAUCGAAACGUACAGUACCAGGCGAUAUGUGCAAAGGGCCCAGAGCCGAAGAAGUUUGAGAAGAUGAUCGCGUACAGCCCACGGAUCAAGUACGAGAAGUAUCGGCCCGUAAUAAAGUCGGGCGUCAGAGACUCCGUGAUAACGACCAGGAAGAACGUCGUGUCCACGCCGACGCGUGAGAACGCGCCUGCUCGCGGUAACGCGACGGACGAAGGGAGUUUCGCGGGAACGUUAAACGCGCUAUCGCCCUACUGGUUCUUCACGAUCGGGUUCCUGCUCGGUAACGCGUGCGGCAUCUUUACGUGCUACAUUUGGCUCACGCAGAAGAUCUCGUGCUGUCGCGGAUGUCGCGCGCGCGACAUCCGACGACGGGGCAGCGACACCCAAAGAAUCUCCUUGUUGCAGAAUCUCUGGCAACUUGAGGAUUCCGCCCUCGACGAGAGCGGCACGACAUCCUGCCCGGGCACCCCACCGCCACCGUAUCGCGAAGUCAUGCUGCGCCCGGGACUUUACCGUAAUCCAUCCGUUACGACGAAUUUGAAUAAUAAUUUCAGUGAUGCAGCCGGCGCUGGAUACUCUUAGCUACUAAAGAUAAUUUAUUAUUAUCGAUUAACGUGUUGCUUUGAGAUUUGAUGUGCGUGCGGCACGUCGACAUGUUCAUUGCGUUCCACGUUUAUCGCAUCGCUCGCGUGAGAGACAGGGAAAAGGGACGAGAAGGUGGAGCAAUCUCUUGCGAAGCAUGACUCUGUAAGAUAAAGAAGAUUUCAGGGUUUUUUUUAAUUUAAAUUAAGCUCAGGUUUUCUUCUAAAUUAAAGUAAUGUAUUUAUGAUUAGGAGAAUACGCGUUUAUCACUGAAAUAAACUUUGUUAAAUCGUCAAAAAUGAGAGCUGAAUGGCUUUUUGCAUUGUCUGUGCUUGACGAUAGAGUGCACUAACAAAAGCGCACAAAUGGCGCGAAAGACAAAAGGUACGCUCGAGUAGACGAAUGCCUUUGCGCUUGUAGUUCUAAAAGGAUAAAACGGUUCAAAUUGUUUUAGAAAGUUAUCUGAUAACAAUACAAAAUACGCAUGAAAACGGUUUGAAAUUCGAGUACUCGUCAUAAUCGCUUUUGAAUAAAAUAAUAAUCUUGCGCGCGCAUUGCAACGACUGUAACGUUCGUUCGACCGGUUUGUCUGUUGAAAGGUGGUGCCAUCUUGAGUUUCGGCGCGAUGUUUGAACACACAGAAAUCAAUUCAACUGAAAAA